AUGACAAUUUGCAAGAUUGCGCUUCAACAAGCUCCGGCAAUCCGAGAGCAACAUAAGGAAGACGCCAGUGCCGCUCCAACUUUAACCCAGGCCUCCACUCCCAAGUUUGCAAAAGUUCCAGCAAGUCGACUGGCUGCAAACGAAGGCAAAGAGUUUGGAGCAGACGACGAGGCUGGCGAUGCCUCCACGUACACAUUUCCACAAUAUCGACUCGACUCGCACCAAAUAAAUUACAGCCAAGCCAGUACGACGGUUGGGCUCAGAAGAAUUUGA